GUAUCCAGCAUAUCGCCAAACGUCUGGAAAUUGACGUAGUGCCCGCCAUGGUUGGAUGGUCCUUUCAUGUCGGUGGUUGGGCUCACCCCGAGUACAACGGCUUCGUUGUCUGUAAGGAGUCCGUGCCCGCGCUGCUCGAUGCUUGGCGUGCGGACAAUAUGAACAAGGCCAAAGCUGCCGCA